UGCUCUCAAAAGCAUUUGCCUCUGAAGAAUUCAAGAAAAUGAACAGCAAUGGUGGAGAAGUACAACAAAAAAGAACUGCCCCAUCCCAAAACUACCUUCGUGAGAAGAACAAGAAGUUGAAGGAGAGAGAAAAGUGGAGCAACAAUUUGGAAUUUGUCCUGUCAGUGGUUGGAGGAAUAAUUGGAAUGGGGAACAUUUGGAGGUUCCCUUACCUUUGUUACAAGAAUGGAGGAGGUGCAUUCCUCAUUCCAUAUUUUUUAUUCCUCUUUACUUGUGGAAUCCCAGUGUUUUUUCUUGAAAUUGCCCUUGGACAGUAUACUAGUCAAGGUGGUAUCACAGCUUGGAGGAAGAUCUGCCCCCUCUUUGAGGGUAUAGGUUAUGGUACACUACUCAUCAGUCUAUACCAGGUUAUUUAUUACAUCCUUAUUCUGACCUGGUCUACUUUCUACUUCUUCAAUUCUUUCUCUGCUGAACUGCCAUGGGCUCACUGUGGACAAGAGUGGAACACAGAUAACUGCAUGGAAUUUACAAAAAAUUCCUCAGCUAACAGUUGGAGAAAAGGAGAAAAUGCCACCAUGCCUGUUACUGAGUUCUGGGAGUAA